AAAUUUAUUAACAACUAGGAAUAGAAAUCAAAAGAAGAAUGAAAAAACAUGAACCCAGUUGCUCAGUUCUGUCGAACCCAGCUUUCUCAGCAAAGCUGGGUUCGGUUGAAACCCAGCCUUGCUGGCUUUGUCGAAACCCAGAUAUGCUGGCCUUGGUUGGUCAACGAACCUAGCAAGGCUGGGUUUCCAUCGAACCCAGCAGCUGGGUUCGACGAAACCCAGUCUAUCCCAAGGCAGGAAAGAAAGAAAGAAAGAGAAAGAAAGAAAGAAAGAGAAAGAAAGAAGGGGAAGAAGAGGGAUUGGGAGGGUGAGGGAGAAGAGAGGAAGAAGGAAGAAGGAGAAAAGGAGAGGAAUGACAAGCUUCAAGCUCCCUCAACAAUUCUCGAAGUUUCAAGCCCCAACCUCCUGCCAAGGCCCCAACCUCCUGCCAAGGGUAAUCUCCAAAUCCAUGUCAAGGAGAAAAAGUUUCAAGUGCAAGUCUUAAAUCCCUUGAAGGACAAGAACAAGCUUAAGCCCUUGCCCUUCAGCCCCAACCUCUUGCCAAGGGUAAUCUCCAAAUCCAUGUCAAGGAGGAAAAGUUUCAAGUGCAAGUCUUAAAUCCCUUGAAGGACAAGAACAAGCUUAAGCCCUUGCCCUUCUAACAUUCAGCUGUUAAUCAGAGGAUCGUGCUGUUCUAAGACGUGUUACUCUUCAAAACCUAAGCACAUGCACUGCAGCACUCUAAAUCAGAGAUUGUUUCCCAUUUUUCUUCAAGUUUAUAAUAAUUGUAUUUAGUUUGCAAAUCAAUACAUAUUAUUUGAUUUU